UUUGUAGGAUGCUGUGACAUCAAAACCAGUAAUCCAGUUUCAAGGAAGCCAAGGGCACAUUGCAAUUCCAAGGCCUGAUCGACCUACGGAAGUGCGGACUUUCACGUUUUAUCUUUCAAAUAUUGGCAAGGACAGCCCCCAAGGGAGUUUUGACUGUAUCCAGCAGUAUGUAUCUAGCAAUGGCAAUAUCCACUUGGAUUGCCUUGGAAGCAUACAGGAUAAAAUCACCGUGUGUGCUACUGAUGAUUCCUACCAGAAGGCAAGGCAAAGCAUGGCACAGGCAGAGGAGGAGACUCGCAGCCGGAGCGCUAUAGUCAUUAAACCUGGGGGGAGAUACGUAGGCAAAAAGGUUCAGGUGCGUAAACCUGCACCAGGAGCUUCCGAUGCUGUUCCCUCCAGGAAGCGCCCAACGCCAGUCAACCUUGCCAGUGCAAUAAAGAGAGGCAAUAGUGCGAUUUCUCAGAGACCCUUCAAAGAUAGGGUUGUGCACUUACUGGCACUAAAGCCUUAUAAGAAACCUGAACUUAUUCUCAGAUUGCAGAAGGAUGGACUUUCUCAGCAGGACAAGGAUUUGCUGGACAACCUUCUGCAACAGGUGGCAAAUUUGAGUGCCAAGGACAGCACUUUCACACUGAAAGAUUGUGUAUACAAAGAAGUGCAGAAGGACUGGCCUGGCUACUCUGAAGGAGAUCAGCAGUUGUUGAAGAGGAUACUUGUUCGGAAACUCUGUCAGCCGCAGAACAGUAGCGGUUUUCAAGGAGAAGCGCCUUCCCUGAGUCCACCGAAAGACAACGUGAACUCCAGCUCUCCUCCUCAGAAACGAUCCCAGCCUCUGGAGUUUAUCGAUCCCCUGGCCAACAAAAAGCCCAGGAUCUCGCAUUUGGCUCACAGAACUCAGCCCACUUUCAACGGGAAACUGAAUUCCUCCAACGGGAAGGACGCCCCUGCCCCUGCCCUGCCGCCGGCUCUCCCGGAGUCGGUGAGCUCCAGCUCCAGCCUCCCGGUGCUGGAGCUGCCGAGGCCUCACGAUCCCCUUUCGGAUGUCAGCAAUGACCUGACUCACAACGGCAGAGACUGUGAGAACCCAGAGACGGCUGACAGACUGACUCAUCCUUUGUCAACAGACUGUCCCCAAACGAGCAAGCACAAUUGCAGCUCGUAUGUAAAAACCAAGAAAAAAUCCAAAAAGCACAAAGACAAGGAAAAGGAGAGAAAGGAGAAGAAAAAUGAAGAGAAAUGCAAAGAGGAGAAGCAGGACUGUGAAGUAAUAAAAAAUGCUGACUUAGUUAGUGUUCCCCAGGAACAGGUCACAGGUUUAAAUGGAACAUGCAAUAAUUCUAGUGUACCAACAUCAACUUCAGAAAUGCCAGAUUAUUUAUUAAAAUACGCAGCCAUUUCCUCUUCGGAGCAGCGUCAGAGUUACAAAAAUGACUUCAAUGCAGAAUACAACGAGUACAGAGACUUGCACGCUCGGAUAGAGAGGAUAACUCGACGGUUUACGCAGUUAGAUGCCAAGCUGAAGCAACUUUUGCAGGGCUCUGAAGAAUAUAAGACCAUCCAUGAUCAAAUUUUACAGGAAUAUCGGAAAAUUAAAAAGACUAACCCCAAUUACAGCCAAGAGAAGAACCGCUGCGAAUACCUCCACAACAAACUGGCUCAUAUUAAAAAACUGAUAGCAGAGUAUGACCAACAGCAGUUUUAGCUGGUGCUAAUCUGGACUGGGUAGGGCAAAAAAAGUCACCUGGACGUUACGUUCCCUUUUAUACAACUAGAUUCCUUUCAGAGACGAGCAUUAAUUCCUCGUGGUUGAAGAACUUGGGGAUUCCUUACGAUGCUGAAUCUGUCAUGUCCGCGUCUGAGCCGGGUCGCAAGCCCAGCGCCCGGCACGGUCCUCUCGAGUUUUAGCCUCUCUGAAUGUCGGAAUGUAACAAAUGAAAAAAUCUGCUUAUUUGAAGCCAGCGUUUGACACUUAAGGGAAAACUUGCCUAAAGUGAACGAAGCUCCCAAAGGUUAAGAAUCAGUAGUUUUCAUGGAUUAAAGUUUGGCAUGAAGUGUAAUUACCCCUGGCCCAGGUCCACUGGGUUACAAAUUGUCCUUCAAAUGGUGAGGAACUGGAAUGCUGCUAGGUUACCUCCUUCUCUGGCACCUGCGACUGUUCAUAUGCAAGCUGUCUGCUCUACAUGGCACCGCGUUAAAUACACCAAGUACCCAGAGCUCUCGUUGUUUGUUCCUGCUUUUGUCAUCUCCGGUGUGUGCUCUCUUGAGGUGGUUGUGUCAGUAGGAGGGGAUCAGCCCGGGGAUCUGCACUGAGUGCCUUGUGCAGUGCAGAAGUGGAUCCUUCAUGUAAAAAAAAAAACACCAAACCAAAUAAAAAAAAAAACACCAAAACAAAAAAAACCACAAAAAAAACCCAUCAAAACAAAAAAAAACCCCACAAAACCAUUUUUUUUAUCCGCUUGUGCGUUUGGAAGCAGCGGGUGUAAACGUUUUGCAGUGGCCUCUCCAGCAUGCGGGGUCCAGUCUGCCUGCAUUAACCUUCACGUACCAAUGCUGGGAAGAUUGAGACCUGUCUGUCUUUGACUUUUAUAAUUUUAUACCAAGGCAGCCAAUUUUAUUAAUUGCUAAUGAGACUAUUUUCUAUUUUUGUAUAAAAAAAAAAAAAAAGCAUCUUUUUCUAAAACUGUGCCUCCCUUUUCCUUUUAGGCCAAGUGUUUCAGAACCUUUCCUGUCUUAUAACAGCAGUAUUACUAGAGCUUAUCGGAUAGUUACCCAGAGGAGUUAUUUUAUUACCUGUACUGACCCAUGAGAGGGGGGGUGGGGGCGGGGGAUGCGAUGCUUUCUUCUUCUUCUUCUUCUUCUUCUGUUUUUUGUGUCUUUCCAAAGAAGCAGCAGCAGAAAAUCAUUCUCAGAACAGGCGCCCGAGCGUGAGAGAAGUAAGGUAGUGUUUUCCCAUGCGGGUCACUUCCACCGUUGUGCUUUAUCUAGCCAGCUUCUCCGUGCAGUCUUUCUUCUGGGGUUUUUGUUUGGGGUUUUGUUUUUUUUUUGGACUUGAAGGGAACAUUUUUAGAGUAUGGCCAGGGUGUGAGAAACACGCCAAAAAGCACAAAGGUGUCCUUUAACUCUGCUAUUUCUUUCUCUCCCCUCUCCCCUUUUAAUCCUGCCAGCCUGUGUGAUUUGACUUCUUCCCGCUUCCGUUUAUCUCAAAGUAAAGGAUUACUUUCCUGCGGCGUCUCCUUCCCUUGGAGGUUGCACUGAAGAGUCUUUCACCCUUUGAAGGAGCGGAAUGGCAGAGUUAAGGAGGGAAACAGUUCUUACACAAGGAGUAUUUUAUUUUUUUCUGCCCCCUCCCCCCCAAAAAAGUGGGUCCAUCUGCUGUAUUUUUAAAAAAAAAAAAAGAAAAUUAAUAAUAAUUCCAUUCUGGCUAGAUUGGUUUUGCUGCGUCAUCCGGCCAGGGCCACCGCUUUGCUUUGUCAUUUGCAACGUUCUGAGUUUCUUUCCCUGCCGCGUUGCGUCCAGCGCUCCCCGGGACUUUGCCAUCCCGUUCUUCAAACGAAAGCCUACAGCCGAAGAGACGCGGCUGCGCUGCGCGUUGCUGGCCCGGCGACCCUCCGGCCGUGGUCCGCGGACUGCCACUGGACAGCCACGUUUUUCUGCCGGUCUGCAAAAACAAACCCGUUCAGAAACGGAGCGGUGAAGGAGAGGUGGGGGGGGGAGGGAAGAGAUGCGAUGUCCGAGGAGCGCGGUGGUCUGCAGGGCGAGCACCCCAGAGAGCCCAGCUAGGGAAGUCCCGACGAGCAUCUCGGAGCUUGGGGAACGCUUCGGUCCCAUCUCUUCCUCUCCGAAUAAAGACGGCUGGAGGUUAGGGAGCCAUUUCUCUUGUGGGCGUACCCAUUUGUGUAACGUUGCCUGCCUCCGGUGCUUCUGCUCGUCAGGGAAAGCUGGAAAAUACACGGGAGUUAAAGGCAAGGAGCUUUUGUCCUGAAAACUUUGUCUUCCCGCUCCGUGGGAUCUUGCACCUGGUCGGUGCAGGAGUUUCUUAAGCAGUAAGUGGUGGCUGGUGGCAGUGUCCGAGCUCAAGCCUCGCUUAGGCUAAGAUUCCAACAAACCUCCCGCAGCUGUGAAUUUGUGCACCGAGGCGGAUUUCACCGGAGCCGCAGGGGAUCCGGGAGGGGGCAUUAGGCCGCGUGGAGGAGCCGGGAUGAUGCCGCGCUUUCUCGGACCCGCUGUGAGAUUUGUCACUGCAAAACCCGGUCAGUGCCAGACCUGCGAGCGGCAUCGCCAGCCAGCGGUUACACAAGUUUCGGUGUUCUCGGGGGCAAGGCUGAAUUUCCCAGCGUCGUCGUCCCCCCCCCGGCAGCGCGCCGAGCCACGGGGCUUGGUGGGACUUCAUCUCCGACUGCAGUGCGUGAGGAGCCCGGAACUCGGAUGGCGGAAGAGGCAGCAGCUACAAACCCAGGAUGAGUAAAUUCUUCCGUGGAAACACUUCUCCUUCUGAUCCUUAAUAUUUUGAAUGGGGGUUUUUUUUGUUGCUUUGGGGGGGAGGGGGAUAGAGAUGGAUCUCAGUCUUUAUACAUCUGCUAUAAGAUAUUUUUGCAAACAGAGUUGUAUACAAAGAUGUAUUGUGUACAUUUACAUGUAUAUUCUGGAACUUCUAAAAUUUGAAUAUAAAAACUGAAAAUAUUUAAUGAAUAUCCAAACUGUGAGACCCAAUUAGCAUUCAACAACUUUCUGCUUCACUUUUCUUUCGGACUGUGUUAAAGAAUUGUAGUCGAAUAUGCCUUUUUUUCUUUUUCUUUCUUUAGAGAUUAUGAAGCUAGGCAAAUUUUGUGCUUUUUGGGUUAAUAGAAACCAGUUCUAGGUGAUUAAGUAUGAUCUUAACUUAUUGAUACUGUGUUUUACUUUGUAAUAUUGUACUGUGGAUAAAACUAUAUUGAGCCAUGGAGUUGGAGUUUACAAAAGAGCUUUUCACUUUGCCAAAAUGUUACAAUUUAAAGGCAGCAUAGUCUUCAGCUUUCCUAAUCUUUUCUUAAGAGCUAGUGUCUUUUUUGUACACUAAAAAGCUGAAUGCUGAUUUUGCAACAUAUAAUAAAUUCACUGUAUUGGAAAACAAGCGAA